AUGAGCGAACCAUAUUCAUUCAUGAACGAUCUCACUGCAGCUGAGGACUGGACGGAGUUUUGGCAGCUGGACCAUGAUUGGUGAGUCUAAAAAAAAAAGACGUACUCACCAAAAAAGGGCCGCGGUAAUCUCAACGAAUCAUUCUACUUGCCAUUCACACUCGAAUCUUUUGGAGAAUCGCUUUGAGCACCCUCCCCACCCAGAAUCUGCUGUGGAUCUGAUUCAAGCUCAUAACAAAGAGCUUUCUGACACAAUUGUGCUUUCACCAGCGUAAGUAAUCCUAAAACUGUUCCUCGGGUCAAGUUGAAAUAACUUGGAUAGAUUUGCGUUGAUAUACUUGCCAAAUGAAUGUGCAUCGUGCGACAGCUCCCUAGACAAAAGCGAGCAGGACCUGAACUUCGUCAAUCCAACAUUAUAUUGCAGCCGUAAUCAAGAGCACAGCUACCUAACAAUCGCCUGUCAAGUCUCAGGAUGUCUUGAGAAAUUUUCUCAUCUCCAAGAUCUUAAGAAGCACUACUCGAGCACCAGACAUAGCAGUCUGAAUUGUAGUAUUACUGGAUGUAAUGCAGCUCUUUCAGCUUCAUUACCCAACAUAGCGAAACAUUUAAAAGAACAUCAUCCAAACAGCAGCCAAUACACCUGCGCAAAGUGUGAGCGCGGCUUUAAGAACGAUCAAGAUCUAUCGAAUCAUUGUCGAACGACUGACCAUGCAGGUUCAGUGUGUCAAUUCCCCCAAUGUGAUACAGAAUGAAUUGAAUUCAAGGAUCUCAGGAGGCAUCAGUUGAUCCAUAAGAAAAGAAAAUUAACCUUCCCUUGUACACACUGUCCAACGUAAGAUUUCCUACCUAAAUCCUUCACAAAAUUAGACCUCUUCCGUGUGGGAUACAACCAGAAAGCUGAUUUUUUCACGCAGGUAUCGUGGCUCAAAUGGGUUCAAGCGCAAGGACCAUCUUAUUCAGCACAUGCGCAACUAUCAUCGUAUGGAGGAUUAUGCAUCUGUCAGGGGACGCUGUGCUAUUUGCUGGGUGUUCAAAUACACCAGCUCCAGCGGCCUGACGGACCAUAUGCUUGAUGCUCACCACUCUUCAACUUACGUAUGCUACAAGCCAGAUUGCGACAGAGUAGGCAUGAACGGAUUUGAGAACAAAAAGGAUCUCAAUUCCCAUCUCAAGAAUGACCAUAUCUCUGAAUUUCAGUGCCAACACCCAGGGUGUGAUCGCAUUGGUAGCAAUGGCUGGCGCCGCAGAAGGGAUAUGGUGAGGCACAUUGAGAAAGUACAUGGUUCCGGCGUUGGUCUUUAGAGGUUGGGAACGAUUUUGUACUCUGGGCGUACGAGGCUGAUACUCUGUCGUUUCUUUAUUUCUGUCUGUUGCGAUUGUGUUCGCUAUUUAUUUAUUUAUUUAUUUAUUACUAUUUAACGUCAGGCGGAAUCUAACUCGCGUGGGCUAGGUCCUAAAAGUCCCAUUGUUGGGCAAAUGACGCUAGGGGGGUGCCCUAGGCUACAGGGGGUGUAAAUGAAAGUGCGCU